AUGGACAGCGUAGGGGAUAAGGAGGCUCAGCAUCACAGCCCACAGCGAAGGGCAACAGGGCUUCCACCCCUGAGAUCACCUCGUGCAGAAUGUGGAGGGGCUCCGUCAGGACCUUUUUCUUCCAUUGGUGUUGACCCCGUUACUCGUUUCGUGAAUUUUCUGUGGAUUUGCCAUAGGGAUAUCGAAAUUCCACUUGAGACAUCCCUACAGCGGAGCGUAGAGUUGGCUCAGUUUGUGGAGUCGAACAGAUGCUCUUGUUUUCUUCCCCGGCAGCAACAAUGUAUACGAUGGGCCAUUUGGGAGUCCCUGUACGGCGGCGUCGAACGCGCAAGGAGCUUAGCGGAGGUGAAAAAUUAUAUAGAAAGUUACUGCUGUGGCCCCCUGAGGAGGCCCUUGCGUCCCCAUUUCGGCGCUACGGCAUUUAGGGGAAACGAUUCGGGAGGUGGAGUUUCUACAUCACCAUGCAGAGGGGCUACAGAUGUGCGGUGUAAGUUGGUUGCGGACAAUAGAGCUUGGGGUGAAUUAAACGUAACCGAAGAAAACUCUUUACUUGCUUUGCUUCGAGCCAAUGGGCGGUACCAUGCGCCGCUCCCUCGUCAUGCUAGUCAUUGCCCACGCAAAAAAAGUGGCAAGGGCUUCAACCAUCGACUGCCGCUGUUGCAGCUUGUCCGUGCUAUCCAGAGUGGCCGGUUCCAUUCGGAUCAGCGAGAAGGAGAGGAUGGUGGAACGGGGUUUUCACACUUUCUCGAGUUAUCGACGAGCGCCUUCAGGGGCGGUUCUCAGAGCACUGAAGUUGAUGGCGUUGGUGCUGAUGAUCCUCCAGCAUCUGAAAACUCAUUCGCCACACUCAGUGAUGUCGAACUGCUCACCACCAACUGCCCUGUUUGUAGUGCGGAGGGGCUUCUGCAGGGCUGCUGGCUUAGUGUUUGUUUGCUGCAACUUGUUAACAUGCUAGCGUCGGCUCACCUAUGUGCUGCGCCACUGAUUCUGCCGCAUGACGUUGUGUCUCUGAAACCGAGGGAGGCUAUUGCAGUCGCUUACCACAUAGCACAGCAUCAAUUGCAUCUCGCCGUGGGCUUGUUUUACUCUAUUGUGGAAUUACCAAGUACUUCCAAAUCCUCGACGAGGAAAAGCGAUGGGGGCUGCUUUCCGGGGUCCGCUUCUUCAGGCGAGAGGGAGCAUCACGAUAGAGCAAAUGGUACCAUAGGUGAACUAGCUCACCAUAGUUUGGUUGUUUGUGUUCAUGUUCUGUCGUCGCUGAGGGUUUUAGAGCGGAGGAAUGUCUACGCCGUGUUGCUUCAUGCCUCUGUGUUGGCUUUCUGCGACCGACGCGGUACUACCAAAGCAAAUCAGCUGCUUCGGGGUUUCAUCGGUUCCAUUGUGAACAUGUCGGAAGAUUUGCGGGGGUCCGGAAAAAUAUGUCUGCCUCCUGGUGGUGAUAUUUACGAUGCGUGGAUGGCAGUUGAGCCCUUACUCUACAAAGAAAAAAGCGUUGAGGAUGAACAAGAGAGCGAUUUGUUGGUGCUUGAACAGAUAACGACGGGACUACUCUUCUCUGUUUUCCUCGAAUUAUUAGAGAUGAAGGAUCUACCUGCACCGUCAGAGAAGCAUCAGCGUCCACCUAAUAUUUACAGUACUGCCGUCAUAUCCUGUCUUCGCGCACGAGACGUACUUGACAAGUACGCGUGCCCGCGGCUCCGCAAGCUCUGCGACGCCGCUGACGGUUCAAUAAGUUCACGGGGGCGGCAGUCCUUCUCUUUAUAUUGGCUGCUACAAGGGAUGCUGUUCCACAAUCUCAAUGCCCUUUCACUUCUGCCAUCUGUGAGCACACCAUUUCACAGCUACCAGGGCGAAAUCCCCAUUCAGUGCAUGCAGGCGGCAGCGCGUGAAAGUGAUGCUGCACGAGAGUUCACUGAAUACCCACUGGCGCCUCAAUGGAUGGAGAUUCUCAACGAUUGUGAGGUGGUGAAGGCUGCGAAGCCGUGUGUAGACGCUGAUGAGACCCAUACCUGGCCUUGUGAGUGGCGGUUGCCUGUGAGCGUAGACACCAGUAAGCCCAGUUUUACUUGUGGAUCACUUCCGCCAGAACAAUGUGUAACGGAGGUGGCACUACUUCCUCCACCAGUGAUGAACGUGUGGUUCGACUUCGCUCGCGCAUUGUUCCGCAAUACCCCUGCUGAUUUAGUGUCGGCACACACGGGUGAUGACGAGACAGAGUUGCGCCAUCCGCACGGUGCUCCCACUGCCUUUCCACCGGAUGCUGCAGUUGCUUCACCCCCUUCCAUUAACGCGCUCAGUUCUAAGGUUGGGAAGGUGCCUCUGGGGCGACAGAGAGAUUUGGAUGAGAAGGCGGCUGCAGCGAAAUUGGAGAAAACCCGGCUUCACGCCGCUCAAUCAGAGAUCGGAUUCUGGUCCUACUGGUGCGAGGUAUUCGCGUCCCAUCAGUUACUGAGUCUGGUGAGUGACCGGCCUUCGCUGCUGGACCGCUAUCGACAGCUGCUGUCUCCCUUCACUGGUGUCGUGGGAUGUGACAACUGCAAUAAAACCCCCUUUAUGCGGGCCCUUCAGGAGUGCUAUCCGCUGAUUCCUAGUCAGGGCGGUUCCCACUCUGUGGCUCAAUACCCUUUUGUGUUACCGUCAGACGGGCAGCAGGGUGUGCAAAGAUCUGUGGCGCAAUUGCUGCAGGAACGGGAGCUCUCUCUAGCCGCGAUUGAUUGCAGACUGCGGACCGCUGUGGACCAAUACGAGCGUCAAUGCACAAGACCAGCUCCUGGAUUGCGCGUGGGACCUGGAGGGCGCGGCAUCAAGGGGGGAGGCUCAAGUGGGCCGGUUACUGCUGGACCGCCAUUACAUUUGCGGUUGAGGGGUCCCAACCGUGCGGGGGUGAGACCGAACUGA